AUGGCGGGCGCGAGCGGGAGCCCGUGGGCGCUGGGGCUGCUGCGCACCUUCGACGCGGCCGAGUUCGCGGGCUGGGAGAAGGUGGGCUCGGGCGGCUUCGGGCAGGUGUACAAGGUGCGCCACGUCCACUGGAAGACCUGGCUCGCCAUCAAGUGCUCGCCCAGCCUGCACGUCGACGACAGGGAGCGCAUGGAGCUGUUGGAGGAAGCCAAGAAGAUGGAGAUGGCCAAGUUCCGGUACGUGCUGCCAGUCUACGGCAUCUGCCAGGACCCCGUGGGCCUGGUCAUGGAGUUCAUGGAGACCGGCUCGCUGGAGAAGCUGCUGGCCUCGGAGCCGCUGCCCUGGGACCUGCGCGUGCGCAUCGUGCACGAGACGGCCGUGGGCAUGAACUUCCUGCACUGCAUGUCCCCGCCGCUCCUGCACCUGGACCUCAAGCCCGCCAACAUCCUGCUGGACGCCCACUACCACGUCAAGAUCUCCGACUUCGGCCUGGCCAAGUGCCACGGGCUGUCCCACUCACACGAGCUCAGCGUGGACGGGCUGUUCGGCACGGUGGCCUACCUCCCUCCCGAGCGCAUCCGCGAGAAGAGCCGCCUCUUUGACACCAAGCACGAUGUGUACAGCUUCGCCAUCGUCAUCUGGGGUGUGCUGACCCAGAAGAAGCCGUUUGCAGACGAGAAGAACAUCCUGCACAUCAUGGUGAAAGUGGUGAAGGGGCACCGGCCGGAGCUGCCGCCCGUGUGCAGAGCCCGGCCACGGGCCUGCGCCCUGCUCCUGCGCCUCAUGCAGCGGUGCUGGCACGGGGACCCUCGCGAGCGCCCCACCUUCCAAGAAAUCACUUCUGAGACGGAGGACCUGUGCGAGAAGCCGGAUGAGGAGGUGAGGGAGGCCCAGGAGCCAGACGCCAGGAGCCCGCCGGAGCCCAGGAGCGAGGCACCCGUGUCCACGCCGCUCAAGCGGGCCUCCGCACCCACCUUCGACAACGACUACAGCCUGUCCGAGCUGCUGUCCCAGCUGGACUCGGGCAUCUCGCAGACGCUCGAGGGCCCCGAGGAGCUCAGCCGCUGCGCCUCCGAGUCCAAGCUCCCGGCUGCCAGCAGCGGCAAGAGGCUCUCCGGGGUGUCCUCCGUGGACUCCGCCUUCUCCUCCCGGGGGUCCCUGUCCUUGUCCUUCGAGCGGGAGCCUCCGACAAGUGACCUGGGCACCACCGACGUGCAGAAGAAGAAGCUGGUGGAGGCGGUGGUGAGCGGGGACACCAGCCGGCUCAUGAAGAUCCUGCAGCCGCAGGACGCGGACCUGGUGCUGGAGGGCGGCGGCAGCCUGCUGCACCUGGCGGUGGAGGCACGCCAGGAGGAGUGCGUCAAGUGGCUGCUGCUCAACAACGCCGACCCCAACCGGACCAACCGGAGGGGCUCCACCCCGCUGCACCUGGCCGUGGGGAAGCGCGCGCGCAGCCUGGUGGAGCUGCUGCUGGCCCGCAGGAUCAGCGUCAACGCUGCGGAUGAGGACCGCUGGACGGCGCUGCACUUUGCCGCGCAGAACGGGGACGAGAGCAGCACACGCCUGCUGCUGGACAGGAGCGCCUCCGUGCACGAGGCCGACUCCGAGGGCCGCACGCCUCUGCACGUGGCCUGCCAGCAUGGGCAGGAGGGCGUCGUGCGGCUGCUGCUGCGGCGUGGCGCGGACGUGGGCCUGCCGGGCAAGGAUGCCUGGCUGCCGCUGCACUACGCUGCCUGGCAGGGCCACCUGGCCAUCGUGAAGCUGCUGGCCAAGCAGCCGGGGGUGAGCGUGAACGCCCAGACGCAGGAUGGGAGGACGCCCCUGCACCUGGCCGCACAGCGGGGCCACUACCGCGUGGCCCGUGUGCUCAUCGACCUGCGAGCAGAUGUCAACCUGUGCAACCAGCGGGCGCAGACGCCCCUGCAUGUGGCCGCUGAGACGGGCCACACCAGCACCGCGCGGCUGCUGCUGCACCGGGGCGCCCGCCAGGAGGCCAUUACCGCGGAGGGCUGCACCGCCCUGCACCUCGCGUCCCGGAAUGGACACCUGGCCACCGUCAAGCUGCUGGUGGAGGAGAAGGCUGACGUGCUGGCCCGCGGGCCCCAGAACCAGACGGCACUGCACCUGGCUGCCGCCAGCGGGCACGCGGAGGUGGUGGAGGAGCUGGCCAGCGCUGACGUGCUGGACCUGGCGGAUGCGCAGGGGCUCAGCGCGCUGAACCUGGCCGCCCAGGGCCGGCACACCAAGGCAGUGGAGACGCUGAUCAGACAUGGCGCCCAUGUCAACAUGCAGAGCCUCAAGUUCCAGGGCAGCCAGGGGCCUGCUGGCCCGGUCCUGCGGAGAAGCAAGACCUAGCCUGGCGCGGAGACCGGCGCGCAUGGUCCUGUCCCGUUGUUGCGUUCCGCCGCGGGCGCAAUGGUGCCGGUCUGCCCCCUGCUUCCUGCCGGUGGCCAGUGGAGACUUGACCGACUCUGGACUGAGCGGCCGCCAGGAGCCUGCUGACUCCUGGCCGUGACCUGCCAGGCAUCUGGACGCAGGGGCCAGGGCGCACCUGGCCCGGCCACCUCUCGUGUGCCCGGCGUCAAGAAGGAUGGGGUCACCAGCCCGUCGUGCCCCUGGCUCUGACCCAGCCCUCGUGACCAGCUGAGGCGGGGAGGCAGCCGCCACCCUGUGGGCGCCGGGUGCGCAGGAGCUGUGGGCGGAGAUGCCUGCCCGGAGAGUCGCAGUGGGACUCUGUGUGGACUCUGCAGCCGCUGGGCACGGUGUGAGCUUGGCCUGAGGCUCUUAUGUGUGCUAUGGCUGACAGUCUCGUCUGCGAGGAGUGAGUGGAAGGUACCAGGGUUUCUAGAACACAAAUCUUAUCAGCUCUUUUACAUCUGCUUGUCCUUGACCGGUCAUCAUGCCCCCCUCCCCGCCACUGCUCCCUGCUCUUCUUGCCCACUGCCUGUGGUGCCCACGUCAGCAGGAGGUCGCCGCCCGGCUUCCGCGUGGGACCGGAGGUGGUCUCACCUGGUCAGACGGGCCGCCGCGUCGUCGGUUUCUUUCUCACUCUGGUUUUAGAUGAAGUGAUUGUGGUGAGUGCACUGCCUUGGAGUGCUGGGGGUGCUUUACAGACAGGUGCUGCCUGCAGGAGCCUCAGCUUUUGGGGUGUCACCACCAAGGCAGCCCUUGGAGAACACUGCACCAUCUCAGGUAGAAGGAUUGGAUUACAGAUUGCCCCCGUUCUCCGAGAGUAGGGUGCCCUGCUCAGUAUGACUUGGGAGAUUCCUCUGGGGGUCUAGGAACACUCAAAAAAAAAGUCCAUACGAAGUGAUGGUGAUAGUGUCCCCAGACAUCCAAAAAUAAGGGAUGCCUGCACCUGUUCCCAGUCCUUUAUUGUCACGCGUGCCCCUGGACACUGUGGCUGGAAAAGGUUUGCCGCAGGGCGUGACCCUGUGUGCAGACACGCCCUGUGGCCUGUGUGCAGGGUCUGUGUUACUCUGGUGGGCAUGUGAAUGUGAAUCUGCGGCAGGAGACCUGUUUUCCGUGAUAGGAAAUACCUGGCUGUUAGAACUGGCUAUGUUUUAAUACGCCUGUGCUUGUACUGUCGUGUUACUGUGUAUAGGGCGUGUGGAUGCCCACGUCUCUCUGUCAAUAAAGUGUAAUACUCUUUUACUCU